CUACAACAGAAUGACCCGUGCACUGUCUUACUGUCUUCGUCCUCUAACUGGACGAUCUAUCAUUGCUACUAGGAAUUGGUCUGUAGCUUCUCAGACGAUCAUUUGUCGUGGACUGAAAACCUCCAAUCGGGUAGAUCUUGCUCAAUCUGUUGACCAUUCACCACUGGAUACGCUCAAGAGCUCAUCUACCAACAACGAUAGCAAAUGGAUCAGAAAUGACUGGACAAAACAAGAGAUUCAAGCCAUCUAUGACACUCCACUGAUUGAGCUGCUCUAUCAAGCAGCAACAGUCCACAGACAACACUUUAACCCUCGAGAAGUCCAGCAAUGCACUCUGUUGAGUAUCAAGACGGGUGGAUGCACCGAGGACUGUGCUUACUGUCCGCAAUCAUCCAAGCACAAGACCACCGUCAAAGCAUCCAAAUUGCUCCCACACGAUGAAGUGCUCGAGGCGGCUCGCAAGGCCAAAGAUGCUGGAAGCACUCGUUUCUGUAUGGGGGCUGCAUGGAGAGAUGUUCAAGGACGCAAAACCAACUUUUCUCAGAUUACUGAAUAUGUCCGUCAAAUUCGGGGAAUGGGAAUGGAAGUUUGUUGCAGUCUUGGUAUGCUAAAUAAGGAGCAGGCUAUUGCUCUUAAAGAAGCUGGUCUGACCGCAUACAACCACAAUCUUGAUACCAGUCGUGAAUUUUAUCCCAAUAUUAUUACUACACGCUCUUACGAUGAACGUUUAAACACAAUCUCCAAUGUCCGUGAUGCUGGUAUAUCUGUAUGCUCUGGCGGUAUUAUUGGAUUGGGUGAGGUAGUCAAUGAUCGUGUUGGCAUGCUGCACACUCUCUCGACUCUUCCUAAACACCCCGAAAGUGUGCCCAUCAACGCUUUACUUGCUGUUCCAGGAACUCCCCUCGAGAAUCAAAAGCCCGUGUCUGUUUGGGAAAUGGUGCGUAUGAUUUCUACUGCACGUAUUAUCAUGCCCAAAGCCAUGGUUCGUUUAUCUGCUGGACGUGUCAACUUUUCUCAGUCUGAACAGGCAUUGUGCUUCAUUGCAGGAGCCAACUCGAUCUUUACAGGAGAUAAGCUAUUGACCACACCCAACAACAAAGCAUCGCAAGACAAGGAAAUGAUUGAAGCAUUGGGUAUAUUACCCAAACCUGCCACUAUUCAAGGACCAGCUGAAGAUGCGUUUCUUCCAGAGAUGAAUGCCACGCAAGAAUCCACCAAACCUACUGGAGAUCUUGUUCUUGAGAAUUAAUCUGACAGAAUGCUUGAGAUU